AGAUGGGCUCAGUGGCAGAUUGGAGACAUGAAGGUUUUCUAUUACUUUCCAGAGAACGCCUGUCAGAUUCCCAGGUCUCUUACACAGCUCAGCACCGUUUUCCCUCACCUUCUGUUGUUGUCUUUAGAAAUCAGGUCUGUAUUAUUCAGCCAGGAAAUUAUGCACGCUCUACAAAAAUUCAGCCACCAGUCAGUGCUGAAGAGAUUUGGAAUGAACUCAGUGAAGAGGAAAAGGCAGUUUACAAUAUGGAGUAUGUUCAAGAGCGAGCAAACUUUUUCAAUAGCAUACUCAGCAAAGGAAGCACUAAUGGCAAUGAGGUUGUAGAUGCUAUGGUAGAUGCUUUAACGUCUCCUGCGCCCAAGGCACGUUACAUGGUAGCAAAGCUGCAGGAAAAAGCACUGGUGUUUGUGUGCGCUUUAUUCCCAACUGUUGUGAUGGAUUCCGUUUUGUCAUACGCACUGAGUAAAGUAAAACUGGCGUAGCCUGAGUUGGUACCGGUCAGUGACUCAAGCUGGGCAGUUUUUGAAAUUGAGAAAGCCAGGGCUCAAUCUAAUGCC